AUUGGGAUUAAAAAGGAGGGAAAGGAAUUGCUGGACUAACAAACUGAAUUGGAAUACAAAAGAGGGAGGUAUGAGGAAAUCUGGGAAACAAGUAAAUGCAAAAGUAGUGAUGAAAAGAGGGAAUUGUUUUUAACCGUUUUUUCUUUUUGUAUUUUGCAUUGUGUAUUUUUCUUUUUAUUCUUAAAUUUUCCUUUUUUUACUAAUGUGAUUUCUUUUCUGUGAAACUUUAAUAAAUAUUAUUUAAAAAAAGGCGGGCGCAGGACUAAUUCCUCACGCACACAAAACACCCAGUAAUAUAGUCCUUGCUAGAUUUCCUCUCAUGUUCUGCAAAGGCUAAAAACUCCCCGUCUCAUGUUUGACAAAUGCUGAAACCUUUUUGCCCCUCAGGGUCUACAAAUGUGAAAAACUUGUGGUGUUGUUUUUUUAAUGAAAGCUGGGGAUCUGAGGCUUAUGGUUCACACAGGGGUAGAGCAACUGCUCCCCAACAACUCAGGCGCCCGCCUUUAACGGCUUCCCGAGGCCUGAGGUAAAAAACGGUCCCUUGCCCCUCCCUCAGCGAAGACCUCGCGCGACGCCUCUCGCCGCUAAUUCCCGCCUUUCUGGCCGGACGACCAAUCGCGCCAAAGGCUCAGGAGGCGAAGGGAGGGGGAGGCGUGGUCGUGCGUCGUGGACGUCACCGACGUCGUCAUCCUGGUCUGACGGAGGGGACUGGCGCGCACGCGCACUCCCACCCCACCGUUUGCGCCGGCCCCGGCCGACUCUGCAAUGCGCGCUCCCGGCCGCCCCAUAACCAGCCGGGGACGUGGAACGCGUUUCCCUCCCUUCACGCUUCCCUCCGCCUCCGCCAGGCCUCUCUAGGAAACACCCUAGCAAGGGGGCCCCCCUCCCUCUCUUUCUGUGGUAACCCGGAAGAGGAAGCGGCGGCCGCGCCCUUUGACCCAGUUCUUAGCGGAGUGGGGGAGGGGGAGGAAAAAAGGCAAAGUCGCGACGGAGGCGAGGAAGGAACCCCGGAAAGAAGGUGGGCAGAUGAGGCGGCGGGGAAGGGGAGGGAGCCGAAGGCGGCAUGGAAGGAAGGGCGCGCAGAUUACGCGCCGGCCGCGGUUUUAAUCCCCGUGCGGGCGCGCGCGCGCAGGGGGAGGCGGGGCCUCCUGGCUGCUUCCGGAGCGCGCCUUCAACCGAGAGUUUGCUCUUUUUCUCUUUUAUUCCUCAAAAAUCCCCCCCUUCACGGUUCUUUCAAGAGACCAGGUGGGGUGGGGGGGGAGGGGAAACCCGCCGGGCGUCCUCUGAACAGCUGCGCGGGAGGCGCGGGCCCCCAUUUGGGUGCGCCUCCCCUCUGAGGAGGGGUCCCGCCGCCGGUGCUGCGGGUGAGGAGGAAGGAGAAGCCGCGCGAGGCUUUCGCGCGACGGGCCCGGAUCCGGCCCAGAAGUGGCGAAGCUGCCCUGCUUUAGGCCGCGCGUGGAGGGGGAGGCUCACGUGGCCAUGUGCACCCCGCCCCCCAGCUCAAAAUAAAAUGAUUUAUAUAUAUAAAGCACGUAAAGCAAUCGGGCUAACCAGCCUUGGCCCUGACUGGCUUGUGUCCAUGUUGUAGGAACUAUGGUCUUCCUUCCCUAGCCUUAAUUCUUCUGGAGGAUCAUUCUUAACUUCCACUGGAGUACAGUGGUACCUCGGGUUACAUACGCUUCAGGUUACAGACUCCGCUAACCCAGAAAUAGUACCUCGGGUUAAGAACUUUGCUUCAGGAUGAGAACAGAAAUCAUGGUCUGGCGGCGUGGCGGCAGCAGGAGGCCCCAUUAGCUAAAGUGGGGCUUCAGGUUAAGAAUAGUUUCAGGUUAAGAACGGACCUCCAGAACAAAUUAAGUACGUAACCAGAGGUACCACUCUAUUUCUUUCUUUCCACUGGAAAAUCGUCAGUUAUUUCCUUCCUUCCUUCCUUACAAUGGAAGUUGCUCCUUUCCUUCUGCAGCUCAUUCUAUCCUUCCCUCAACUGAAGGCUGGAGUUUCUUCUAUCCUUUCACUGGAGGAUCAUUCUUUUCCUUUCUUCCUUUCACUAGAAGAUCAUUCUAUCCUUCCACUGGAACAGUGGUUCCCAGUUAGCUAAGUACUGCAGACCCUCUGUUUUUCAAAAGCCAAGCUAUGGGUAUUUUGAAAAUGUUGUGAUAUCUGUGGUAGUUUUUGUUAUGUGAAAGAUGCCACCAUACCCUCCAGCAUGUCACAGCACAAAACCAUGAUGCAUGGCUGCACUUCUGUGUGAGAGACGGCCUCCAAAAUGGGAUGUCCCGGACAGUUGACAGUUUGUGAUACGGACCCCCUGCCUCUGUCCACCAGUUGGGAACCACUGCACUGGAGGAUCAUUCCUUCCUUCCACUGGAGGAUCAUUCUGUCUGUCUGUCUUUCCAUGGUAGGGUCAUUCUGUUACUGAGCUCCAGCCUUCAGGGUGAAGUGGGACACACAGGCUAAGUGCCCUGGGAGGCCUAAAGAAAACAAUACCGCAUUCUCCCUUGUGCAUUAGUGUGUUGCAAAUGUUAUGCAUAACCCUCCAAAGGGAAGGAAGCCUGUGGGACUGUGUGUUUUGUGUGGAGAAACAGCUUGCAUGAAGCACCCAGACACUGUAUCGCUAGCUGUCACCAUAGUUUGCCCAAACUAGCUGUUCUUUUUCGUUGUUCAGUUGGUGAAGUUUGUGUAGAAGUUGACACAGCUUUUAGCAUAAGAGACUAAUAUGGGCAGGAGGAUAGUGAAGAAAGAUGCGCCUCAAGCUGGUGCUAGAAAAAGAUAUUUUUUGUUUUUAUGAAAUAUCUUUCACAGGUUUUGUUCAGUGGCAAAGAGUCUGUGUGGCAUAUUCUAGUGCAGAAAAGGAAGGCAACUAAAAAAUAUACUGUAUUACGUAUACAAGUGGGGAUUCUGCAACAAAAUGCUUCCAUGUGUCUCCAGUUUUUACACGUGGCCUUUGAGUAUCUUUUUUACUUCCCUGCCUGUCUUAAGAGCAUACAGUUAAGUCAGGGGCUCCCAUUCUUUUCAGACAUAAGGAAAAUUGAGAAACAGUCAAGGGCACUACCUGAAGUAAAAAAGGAUGCCCCCAACCCCCCCCCUUUAAAUUGGGAUAAGCAUGACCACUGUAUGCCAUGUUGAAGAUUCCAGGCUCAGCUGCUGGCUGUGAGCCCCAAGCCAUAUGAGCAGAAAGCUAUACUGCUACAUGGGGAGGGGCAGUUUCUGGUAAAAGCACAAUGGGAAGUGUUUUUUCAUGAAACCUGGUAAGGGGAGUUUUUUAACCUCAUGGCACUAAAUCUUCCCCAUCUUAAUCCCACCUUUGAGAACACAGAAGCUGAUCCUCUUUCUCCACCAUUUUCCUUAUUAAAAAAAAGCAGACAAACUGAAGCCCUCAAUACUGUAUUUUGUAAGGUCCUUAUCUGGUCCUUUUUGUGGGUUUUAAAAACCGUUCCCCCCCCCUUUUGAUUUACAAAAUACAGUGGUGCCCCGCAAGACAAAAAACUCGCUAGACGAAAGAGUUUUCCGUUUUUUGAGUCGUUCCGCAAGAUGAAUUUCCCUAUGGGCUUGCUUCGCAAGACGAAACUUCUUGCGAGUUUGUUUCCUUUUUCUUAAAGCCGCUAAGCCGUUAAUAGCCGAUAAGCCGCUAAUAGCCGCUAAGCCGCUAAUAGCCGUGCUUCGCAAGACGAAAAAACCGCAAGACGAAGAGACUCGCGGAACGGAUUAAUUUCGUCUUGCGAGGCACCACUGUAAUACACUAACACACAUCUGAGAAACCCCCCUGAAUCUGUAGGAACUAUCAUUUAUGUCAGGUGUCCCAUUUUGACUUUCCAGCUGUCAGGCACUUAACCAUCCAAGGCUGAUAUUGGAGGGAAGAGUUGGAAGGAAAGAUUACAAUACGGAUACUACUGAGAUACAUUUGGCGUAGUGAGUCAACAAGUUGUAUGGGUCUGUUCUGGUCGGGGACAGAGGAUGGCGCUUGGGGGGGAACUGUCGUCGCACCACUCCUUGGUGUGUGGAGUGCCGCAGGGUGCGAUACUCUCCCCGAUGCUUUUCAACAUCUUUAUGUGCCCCCUCGCCCAGCUUGUCUGGAGUUUUGGUUUGGGCUGCCAUCAGUAUGCUGAUGACACCCAACUCUUAUCUGUUGAUGGACGGCCAUCCUGACUCGGCCCCAGACACACUGAUCAGAUGUCUGGAAGCUGUGGUGGGAUGGUUAUGUGGGAGCCGGUUGAAGUUAAAUCCUUCGAAGACAGAGGUCCUUUGGCUGGGUCGGGACGAUAUGGGAUUGGGGGGGGGCAACUCCCAUCUCUUACGGAGGCGCAAUUAGUGCCAGCACCGUCUGUUAGGAUUUUGGGUGUAAUCUUCGACACCUCCCUUUCCAUGGAGGCACAGAUUGCAGCUACAACAAAGGCGGCAUUUUUUCAUCUCUGCCAAGCUAAGCAGUUGGCUCCUUACCUCUCUCGCCCUGACCUAGCCACUGUGAUCCACGCGGCGGUCACCUCUAGACUUGAUUAUUGCAACUCACUCUACGUGGGGCUGCCCUUGAGACUGAUCCAGAAACUCCAGUGGGUGCAGAAUGCCGCGGCGAGGCUCCUUACUGGGUCCUUGCCGCAGGAUCACAUUCACCCGGUGCUAUACCAGCUGCACUGGCUCCCGGUGGAGUACAGGGUCAGGUUUAAGGGGCUGGUUUUGACCUUUAAAGCCCUUCACGGCCUAGGACCCUCAUACCUAUGGGACCGCCUCUCCUGGUACAGUAAGUCCCACGGAGGACCUUACGGUCUUCAAAUAAAAACAUCUUGGAGGUCUCGGGCCACACGGCGGUUAAGCUAGCCUCAACCAGAGACAGGGCUUUUUCGGCCGUGGCCCCGAUCUGGUGGAACGCUCUGUCACAAGAGACUAGGGCCCUGCGGGACUUGACAUCUUUCCGCAGGGCCUGCAAGACAGAGCUGUUCCACCAGGCCUUUGGCUGCGGCACAGUCUGAUCCCCUCCUUCAGUAAUCCUCAUAGAACUCUAGCCCAAUGGUUGCCAUUAAUUUGACUCUGAACUGAUUUUAGAAUGAAUUGAUUUUAGAAUGUAUUCCAGUUAAUUGAUUAUGAUUUUAUGUAAACUGUUAUUUUUACUGUUGUUAGCCACUCUGAGCCUGGCUUCGGCUGGGGAGGGCGGGAUAUAAAUAAAUUAUUAUUAUUAUUAUUAUUAUUAUUAUUAUUAUUAUUACUCCUGUCUGAAACCUCUUGUUCCCUGGAAAAAAAUGCCCAGCUGCUGCAAUGGAUGUAGGCAUCCAAUAUGUAUUUUGUGAAAGCAACACUCUGACCUACUCUAUUAAGAUGUAUGUGUUUUCAACUGUUAUCAAACCUCAUGGUGGGACUGGUGUUGCGGAAGCACUUGGCUGAUUUGAGUGAUACAGGAAUAUCACCAAUAUGCUUUCUGGCAGCUAUCAUCUUCAUACUGUGAAACCAGAUUAUGUUACUGACAGUGGGUAAGGAACAAUGAGUGACUGUAACAGGCCUGUUUGCUUAAAUUCAAGGCUGCCCCAAUAAUGUAUACAGAAGGAGUGGGGAUUGUAUUUGAAAGCAAAAGGAGGAUAUGGGUAAGAGGAGCUGAACUGUCCGUGCUCCUGUGACUUGCCCCCACUAUUCUCCCCUUCUAGGCAUAUUUCUUUCCGGUGAACUCAGUUUCAGAAUCUGGAGGUGGGAGUUCAGGUAAUAGCUUGGGGAGAUACGUCCCUUUUGCUUGUAAUGUUCAGCCCCCGCUUUCCAAUUUUAUACAUGCUGAGAGCUGUGUUUGAAAUUCACCAGGCACAUUUUGCACCUGGCUUUCAGCCACUUGCAACCAAAUGAAGAUUCCAGGGUGGCACCUGACAUCUCCACCAUCUGGAGGUGCAUGCCUGGGGAUCCUUGGAUCUUGACUGUGUGCACGCACUAGCAACACAUCCUGUAGAAUUCUAUCCAUUAUACAGUGGAACCUCUACUCACGACCACAAUCCGUUCCGGAGGCCUGUCUGGAAGUCGAAACGGGUCACUGGGAGAGGCGCCGUUGUGCGCGAGCGGCUAUCACCCGCUUCUGCACAUGCGCAACGGCAAUCGCCGCUCCUACGCAUGCAAACCAGCCGGUUACUUCCGGGUUUGCAGCAGACGUGGGGCGAAAUGGAUGCGAGCCGAGGUGGACAUAAGAAGAGGUUUGACUGUAUUUUAUCUGCACAAGGAGAAUGAAUUUCAAGAACUAAAACGUUGUUUUGAAAAAUACCACUUUUGAGGCAUCUGCCUCAAAAAUGGCAACUAGGCAUUGUUUUGGUGACUGAAACCCUCGUUUUAAGGAGCCUUUUGGUGCUUAGCUUGUAUAUCUGAGUUUCUGACACUGGCUGAGAGCAGAAGUGAUUGGUUUGACUGUUUGCACAACAGUUUAUAGCUUUUUGAAUUAAGUCCACAGGUCAGUUUAUUGUUGAAGGAGUAACUGUCUGGAAAGUUGCUCCAGAAUUUUUGUACAGUGGUACCUCGGAUUACAUACGCUUCAGGUUACAUACGCUUCAGGUUACAGACUCCGCUAACCCAGAAAUAGUGCUUCAGGUUAAGAACUUUGCUUCAGGAUGAGAACAGAAAUUGUGCUCCAGCGGCGCAGCAGCAGCAGGAGGCCCCAUAGGCUAAAGUGGUGCUUCAGGUUAAGAACAGUUUCAGGUUAAGUACAGACCUCCAGAACGGAUUAAGUACUUAACCCGAGGUACCACUGUAUUGCUCAUACAAAGAAUGAUACAGACAGUGAGACUAAUAAAGAAGGCAAAUAAUAGUCUAAUUGAGUCAUUCUUUUUUCUAUAGCUUAACUGAUGACUUUUCCCCUUUUUUGUGGGAGUGAAAACUGAACCUCAUCCAAUUAAUUACAAUUUGAUAUAAACAUGAAUAAAUUUGCCAUGUUUUGGUGAGUGUUUGUGUUUCUUGUCUGCCAAUAUUUUGUACCCCGUAAUACCUGUGGUGUGAUUUAUCUCACAUUCAAUAUGAGCUGGAACUUAGCUGGAAGGGUGCCUCAUGCUCUAGCAUCAUCAGGUUUUUUGGGUUUGUUUUUUAUUGACCACAUGAGACCAUGCAAUUAACGAUACUUGUCUCAUUUGCAGCCCAAGCCUAUUAAUAUUUACUUGGAAGUGGGCCUUGCUGAAUUCAGUGGGGAUUAUUUUCCAAGGGAGUGUGCGUAGGAUUGAAGCCGUAAGAUUUGCACAGGAUUGAUAUGUAGAGUCCAGAUGGUAGACACCAUGCAGUCUAUGUUUAUGGUUCUUCACAGCGUAAGCAAAAAAACACACAAGAUGAGAGGGAUGAAGACCCUUAGAACUGUGGAAUCUGACUACGUCCAUAGCAACACUGAGCAUUGAAUACGCUUUAGAUAACUAAAAGAGAAGACUGAUAAUCUGAUGGUUGUCAAAAGGGACCCGGAUUCAAUUAAUUAAUUAAUUUGUUAGUUGCGUUAUGUUGCCAAGGGCAACCCAAACAGCCAGCCAGACAACCCCCACCCCCACAGUGAUACAUGAAAACCAAGAGGGAAAAUAAAUACAUUAAAAGCAUUCCACCUGCUUCUAAAAGGCCACAGAUACUUAAAGGUCAAAUACCUGGUUCUAGAGGAAAGUUUUUGCCUGGCGCCUAAAGAUAUAUAAUGAUGGUGAUGCCAGGCGAGUCUCCUUGGGAAGAGCAUUCCACAAAUGUGGAGCCACUGCAGAGAAGGCCCGUUCUCAUGUUGCCUCCCUCCAGACCUCUCAUGGAGGAGGCACACAAAGAAGGGCCUCAGAUGAUGAUCACGGGGUUCAAUUUGGUUCAUAUGAGGAGAGGUGGUCCUUGAGGGGUUGCGGUCGUGAGCCAUUUAAGGCUUUAUAGAUCAAAACCUUCCUUUCCAGUUGGGCUCAUUACUCUGUAACCUCUGUUUGCUGUGCAGUAGAAAUGAUGGUAUUUAUCUUAAUUUUCUGAAAUACUGUUAGCACUUAAACUGCUUUGACUUUGAACCAUUAAGAAAAACUUCAGUGGUUCAAGUGGCAAGAUGAUAAACUGUUACAUUAAUUCUGGAAUACAGAAUAUAUAUCAAUAAAUCCAGUCUUUGAUAUGUGUAAUAAUUGUUUUGAUUUUGAGAAGUUAAAAGUUGAUGCUUUCAAAUUCAUUUAGUUUUAAAGUUGUGAUUUCCCGUACAGAAUACACGAUGUGCUCCUUCAUUGUUUUGCCAAUAAAUUUUUAUUAAGUCUUAAAAAAAACACAGAUUAACAAAUUUAACAAAUCUCAGAUUAACAACUUUUAAAAAUACAAAUUAAUUUCCAGUUUAAUAUAUCCUUAGAGGUUGAAUUCCCACCUGUCGUUCCAUGGUGUUUUUAAUGCCCGCCCUUUCCUACAAAGAGAUCUUCUCUAUUACACCACCUGAUAAUCAUUAUUAUAAUCUUUCUUCCAUUGAUUAAACCUCAAAAAAAGAGCUGCACUCUUAAAAAAGUUCGUCUUAAUCUUUUACUUUACUGUUUUCAUAUAAUUUUACUUUUAAAAGCCAUCUUUAAUCAAAACUCUUUUUCCUCCCCCUUCGUUCCAUUGCUGCGGGUGCAAAGAUCUAGUUGCAAGUUAUUGCAUCUUCUUUGGAACCUCCCUCUCAGUGGUUGUUAGCAUGUUGGGAAUCUUCCUUAUUACUUUCUAACUUAGCAUCACUGCCCCCGACAUUCCACCCAAAUCCACAGCAAGUCCUUACAUUCCAGUCAUCCCCAACAUUCUUCUCUAUAAAACUGCUUGGCUUUCUCUUAAUUUUGGUAGAUCAGAUCCGUAAGUCCAGCCACAGUCCUUCCGGGUCAGAUUCCAUUUUGCAUUUCUCAUUCAACCAGACAAAACGAGUUUAUGUUUACAUUCCUCACUUCCUAACUCCCACCCAACGGUCUCUUCCACUGGGAUUUUUCCUGUUAAAACUGUUCUAGCAAAGUCAUUGCAGUUUUUACAUUAUAAAAGUUGCAUUGUAUCCAAAUGUUUUGUUUUGUUUUGAUGCUCCUUAUUGCAACUUAAUCUUGAUGCUCUUUACCCUCUGACGACAACAGGGAAGGUAGCAUUUCUCAACAGCUUUAUAACUUUAUGAACUAUCUUCAGCUUGAUUUUGUUGUUGGUUUUUUUCCCAGGCUGUCAAGAACAAUGAAAGACGAAUCCUACUCAGCAAACAACUUUUUACGUGAGAGAUAGUGUUUGAAUCCUGCUCUUCAAGUGGAUGUGAAGGACAGCAAGAAGGGUAAAUAUUCAAAAGUGCCUAGUGAUUUUAGUUACGUUUAUCACAGAAAGAUUGGAAUACUUCAAGUCAUCCUUGUAUAACUGAAAUUUGGUAUUAUCUUCCAUCUAGACUCUAGGAUAGUCUAGGCCCAGUACUGAUUUGGGGGUAGUGCCUGCAAAGGCGAGCAAGAAGGGAUUUUUGGCCAUUCCCACUAGAGACAAUCUUAGCGCCUUUUAUUAGGGUUUGCUGCCAUUUUAAAAUAAGAACCAAUGAUAGAUUCAGUCCUAUAGUGAUCCCAUAACCAUCUUUGACAGGCUAUUCCCUCAACUCAUGUCUCAGUUUGUAAUUUAGUUAAGCCUGUAAAUACCUUAUUUAUAGGCAUGGCCUAUCGGUUUUUUGUUUGCUUUCCUUGCCUUCCAAGAUCUAAUCCUUAUGAAAGCAGUAAUAUCUCAUGGCAGCAAAGGUCUUAAGAGUCUUAACAAAAAAUAGAGUGAGGAAGAAAGUAAGCUCAUUUUCUAACUUAAAAAUGCAAUUCAUUUUAACUUUUUAAAAUAACGUUGGAGGCCAUUUUAAAGUUAAUCUGCAGCAGUGUUCUUGAUAUGGCAAUGUUUUACUGAGCAAACAUCUUGGAAGUGCCUUUGUGCGUGCUCAGCUUUUCUCUGCAUCGAUUUUAUUUUACAGAUGUUUGAUCGAAAUAAACAAGCCGAUGAAGCCUCUGCUGCUUCAGCACAAGGUAAGACUCUUAUUUAAUGGGGGAAACCCACAUAAUCACAUCAUUAGCAUCUGCUUGAAAUGUAUCUUUACUGCCUUGACAGUUAAUGAAACUUGGGGAGGAGGGAUAUUUGUUGGCUGAUUUCCCUUUCUAUAGAUUAUCUUUUCCCCACCCUCCUUCUUACAGAUAUAGAAAGAAGAGGUAAUGAAGGCUCCUUGCAACAGGAGAGAGGUAGCAGGUGAGUAAGAUUAACGUGGAAUUACAUUGAAGCUGUAUUCUUAAUACUUUAUACCAGGCAUAGGCAAACUCGGCCCUCCAGAUGUUUCGGACUACAACUCCCAUCAUCCCUGACCACUAGUCCCGUUAGCUAGGGAUGGUGGGAGUUGUAGUCCCAAAACAUCUGGGGGCUGAGUUUGCCUAUGCCUGUUUUAUACAUUAACUAGAACUUCCCAUUUGUGGUCAGUGUCACCCACCGACAUAUGGUUGACCACUUUGAGGAUGCUGGAUUGUUUUUAACUGUUUUUUCUUUUUUUCUACUUUAUAUUUUUCCUUUUUAUUGUUAAUUUUUUUUUAUUAAUGUGAUUUUUUUUUUCUUUGAAACUUUAAUAAAUAUUAUUAAAAAAAAAAAAAAAGAGGAUGCUGGACUAGGUGGGUCACUGGCCUGAUCCAGCAGGCUCUUCUUACACUCUGUUCUAUUGAGUUAAUGCUCAGAUUUCUUAUCCAGGAUCUGAUUAAAAAAAAAGGCAGUGGUACCUCUGGAUGCGAACGGGAUCCAUUCCGGAGCCCCUUUCGCAUCCUGAAGCGAACGCAACCUGCGUCUGUGUGUGCAUGGGUCGCGAUUCGCUGCGCAUGCGCAUGACGUCAUUUUGAGCGUCUGCGUGUGCGCGAGCAGCAAAAUCCAGAAGUAACGCGUUCCGUUACUUCCGGGUCGCUGCGGAGCGUAACCUGAAAAUGCUCAACCUGAAGCAUAUUUAACCUGAGGUAUGACUGUACAGUCAUACCUCGGGUUGAAGUAGCUUCGGGAUGAAUAUUUUCGGGUUGCGCUCCACGGCGACCCAGAAGUAAUGGAGCGCGUUACUUCCGGGUUUCGCCACUUGCGCAGACGCGUCUUACGUUUACUUCCAGGUGUGAAUGGGGCUCCGGAACGGAUCCCGUUCGUAUCCAGAGGUACCACUGUAAGUAAAUAUUUGCACUAGCACAGUGGGACUCCCUCCCCCCUUGGGUCCCUUACAGCAUCCCCUAAACUGCUCCAGUAUGUACAUUCAAGGGAACCUCCAGAUGAGAUUUAGUGGGUGUGCAGGGAGGAGGAGAAAAUUGCACUGAUGGAACUUUUUCCUUAGCGCUACAUUGAAAGCAACCCAAAGUGUGUGCAGGUGGGGCCUCCUUGAAACAGCCCCAUUUGGCCUGGAUGCUCAGAGGCCAUAGAAUGAUGACUGACUGUUAUGGCGGGGGGAGAAAAAUAAAAGCAGAAAACUGGGUGGGAGAGGGGAAUGGGAUGGAGUGUCAUGGAAGAAGGUAUGUCUGGCUGCCUCUCUGGAAUACUGAACAGGAGCACUCCACACUGCAACAUUUUGUUGCAGGUUCUGCCUGUAUUUUAUAGUAAUGCAUUUGGAAUAUGGGGAGGCUAAAGGAGACGGCGCUGUUUAAAAUAUAGUAGUGGGAAUAGGGAGCAGAAUGGAAAAAAAUUACCGUAUUUUUCGCUCUAUAGGACGCACCCAACCAUAGGACGCACCUUGUUUUAGAGGGGGAGAACAAGAAAAAAAAAAUCUCCCCCCCUGCGCAGCGCCCCUUCAGCGAAGCAGCAGGAGAAAUGGAGCCCCUUCCAUUUCUCCUCCCGCUUCGCUGAAGGGGCGACUACCCUUCAGCGAAAGGAACCCGAAGCCUCCGGAGCGCAACCGGAACUCCUGCCGUGCUCCAGAGGCUUCAGGCGGCUAUCUUUGAAGCCUGGAGAGCGAGAGGGGUUGGUGCGCACUGACCCCUCUCGCUCUCCAGGCUUCACUGAAGGCAACCCAAAGCCUCUGGAGCGUGGCGGGAGCGCUCCUACUGCGCUUCGGAGGUUUCACGUUGCUAUCGCUGAAGCCAAGGAGCCUGCAUUUGUUCCAUAAGACGCACACACAUUUCCCCUUAAUUUUUGGAGGGGGAAAUGUGUGUCUUAUAGAGCGAAAAAUACGGUAUUUGAUAGAAUUAUUUUUGUUUGCAUGCAUAUUCCAUGACUGCUUUUGCAUAUUCCAUGACUGCUUUUGCAGUCCGCAAAAAAAUGGAUGAUUGUAUGCAGUCAACAGUGAAUUGUUCUUGAAGCCUUUCUCCCAAUCUGGUUGACUUGCUUGCACUGCUUGGAAGCUUCUCCCCUAACUGACUGAAAUUUCACUGUUCUGCAUUUGUUACAGUUCUGACUCAAAUCUACUUUCUUGACACUUCUAUCCUAGGAAAUAAUGCAGGAUUAGCUUAAGCUACUUUCAUUAACAAUCUUCUUAGUGGGAAGCGUCUUAAUGGCCUGUGAUGUUGGUCAGCAUUGAUAAAUGAUUUUUGUGAAUUAAUUUUAAGAACCCAUCUCUUUGGGUCUCUGAAAUCCUUGACAAGUGCUGUAUAUGAAUAAUGUAGUGUAGCUGUAAUGCAUCUCGAUAUGUUACCGGUUCAUAACAAUCUGAAAAAUGUGUACGUUCUACAGAGUCGUUAGUAAAAAUUGCUAAGUGCUUUCUACCUCCCCCAUGGUCAAAAUGAGGUUUAGGAAUGCUUGUUCAAUGCAAUAACAUCUUUUAACCAUUUCAAAAGUGUAAUGAUUCUGAACCAUUACUUUUUCACUCAUCUAAUAUAGGGAUGAAUAUUUCUUGGGUCAGAAAAUUUUAUAUACGUAGAGGUGAGGCCAUACUGAAUUUUACUUAUGUGUGGUUCAUUUUGACUGAGUGUGGAAAAAGUAACACGAAUGUUGUUUUAAUAGCAGCCCUCAUCCGGGUAGGAGUCUAACUUCUCUCUCCCUCUGAAAACAGCUGGUUAUAUGAAAAUUUCUAUUUUUCAUUUUAAGCACGCAAGCACCAGAGCUGGCUGGGCCUGGAGUACCUGUCGUACAGAACAGGCAAGGCUAUUGCAACUGUUGCCAUGUACACUACAGUAAUCUUGAACAGGUAAGGACUUAACUCCAACUGCCAUUAUGGGAACCUUGGUUUUCCAUUAUCUGUCAAAGGGCUUGAUCAGCUGUUAGUUUUACUCGAUUGGAUCUAAAAGUUUAAAAAUAAAGGAUGGGAACAUUGUUUGACACAGCCAGUUUCAUUUUUAAUCUUCAGCUUGAAGGUGUUUGCACUAAAAAUUUUUUUUAGGUAAUAGAUCUGUAAACAGUGGCUCACUCUCACAUUCACUGCAACUUAAGAAAAGCGUGUUUGUGAAAACGAGUAGAGUUCAAUAUGUGCAUUAGGUGUAGAGAACAGCCCCUCUGUCCGGCAAGUCCCACUUUUCCUCAUCUUCCUUAGCGCUAUCACCUACAGUGGUACCUCUGGUUACGUACUUAAUUCGUUCCGGAGGUCUGUUCUUAACCUGAAACUGUUCUUAACCUGAAGCAUUAGCUAAUGGGGCCUCCCGCUGCUGCCGCCGCCACUGCGCGAUUUCUGUUCUCAUCCUGAAGCAACGUUCUUAACCUGAGGUAUUAUUUCUGGGUUAGCGGAGUCUGUAACCUGAAGCGUAUGUAACCAAAGGUACCACUAUAUUUCUCACUGCUAUCAUUACAAUUCUUGGGCUGGGCUUGAGCUGUUGAGAGAACUUGCAGUCCACUGUACAGGAUACCAUGGAAGAAGAUGCUCAUGGGGCUAGUAGAACAUUUAGGCAAGGAAAACCUGUGCCUUGGAAGCUGGGGGUAGAGAGGUUAAAUACAUCUGAGAAGUGGAAAAACUUCCUUAAACCUUAGGAGGGAAAUUCCAUUGGCCUAAAGGGCAUUUUGGCCACUUCCACACCUCACCCUUGUUUCCCCCAGUUAUGUGCAGUCUCUUUCUUUUGUCCCCCAUCCUCUGCUGCAACUGCCUCCUCCCACCCAGGUUUCUUUGCUUCUAGUGCAGGGGUCAGCAAACUUUUUCAGCAGGGGGCCGGUCCACUGUCCCCCAGACCUUGUGGGGGGCCAGACUAUAUUUUGAAAAAAAUAUAUGAUGCAAGAGCAUCACGAGCCCCGGUGGCUGCUUACCUGUGUCUUGUGAGCGGCAGGGGCUGGUGGCGGCGGUGGAGGGACGAUGAGCGGCCUGCGAAAGAGCUCCGGGGAGGGGCUGCUUAAAAUGGCGGCUGCUCGAGCGCUGCUGCUGCUGUGACACCAACAAAGCCCAGCCCCCUUCCUCCUCUAGGCAGGGCAGGGAGAAGCCAGGAGGAGGCGCCACCGCCGUGUGAGGGAGAGGGAGAUCCACACAGCGAUUCCCGGACCGUCCGUGGGCCGGAUCCAGAAAGCAGUUGGGCCUGAUCCGGCCUACGGGCCUUAAUUUGCCAACCCAUUCUAGUGUUUGGUUGGGAGGGGGAAAGGAGAGAUGGGUAGCUCUGUGGCAACUUUAUCACACGUGUUCAACUGGCAUCUUUUUCUGUUCAUUUUUUUGGGAGUUACGCUUGUCUUGUAUAUUGUAAUGAAAACAGUUAAGUUUUGAUAGCUGAUUAAUAUAAAGCAUCGUCUUCUUCCCUCAUUCAGCACGUGCACAGUACCCAGCACAGGCACUUUGCCACUUACUGCAGGAAUCGUACGGGCACAACUAGCCUGAUGGAGCGUUUCCUGCAAGAUGUUUUGCGGCACCAUCCCUAUAGAUACCAUGAUAACAGGUAAAAUACCCAGGGUUUUUUUGGCUUGUCUAACUUUUAUAAUAUAUACGCAAGGUAGUGUGUUAAACUUCUUAAAUUAUGGAAUUUGCAGCAGGUUUGGCCCUUUGGAGAGGGAACUUUUACCUGGAGACCCUCGCUUCAUACAAAACAUGUAUUUAGCUUAAUGGAUUAUUUCAUAUAUCUGCACUAAUUACAGAGCUUUUAAAUUUAAUUGGUAGAAUAAAUCAGCACGAUUCUAUGGUUGUGCAAUCGUUGCAUGAUACAAGUCAUGCAACAAACCACAUCCACGGAAGCAUUUGUGCAAAAGGGCUUUCCCCUCUCCUCCCUCCACCCUACCCCCCAAUUUGACUUAGGGGGAGUCAGAAGAACCCUUCAGAACAGCACAGGGUGGGGGGAACAUUCUGUCUGGUAGGGUGCAAUGCUUGCAUGGACAGAAUGAUUGUAAUAGCAUGAGAUUGAAUUCUACUCAAAGAGAUGUUGUGUGCAAAUUUGGCUCCAGAUCCCCGCAUUUAUUUUCUGGGGUCUUUCAAUUUCUCUUGAUGGUGUUAUUUCAAAUGAUACCUGGAAGGAAUAUCUUGGCAGAGAGAGCUGAAUGUCCAGAUCAAGGCCAGCAAAGGUAUAAUGUAGGAGUUUUGCUGUGAGAAGUGACGAGGGACCGAAUAUUAAUCCUGAUUCUGUUUUGGAAAACUGAAUUGUGAAAAUUUAUUCUGUCUGCUGUGAACUAGGUUCUGCCAUUUUUGAUGAAUUGAUGAGAAUGCAAAAAUGAAUUAUGGGUGUGUGAGGGAAGUGCACAAUGGCUGCAGUUUGGCAUCACACUAAACCAUAGUUCAGUGUAAUAUAAGCUGGAACAAGCUGCAGUGAGCCUUGGUCUCCCAUCUCCUCCUUCUGUGUGGUUAAGGAGGAGGAGUAUGGAAGCAUUGGCAUCUGCUUUUGCUUAACCACAUUUUUUUCAUGUUACCUGUGAUUUGUUUGAAACAAAUCAGCUUGGAACCAUAAUUACGGAGGCAUUUAUUUAACUGGGUGGGGGAACUGCGCAAACCUGAGGCUCACUGCAACUCAUCCCCGUUUGUUCGUGUAAUUUCACCAGUAUAAAUGGAGCUGCAACAGACAUCCUGAAGAGUGAAGGAAAUGCAUAGGUCUCUCUAUCUUAUUUGUAUCUGUCUUCCCCCCAAGGAGUAUCUUUUCUGCCUGGGGCUUGAGUGGGGAUCCUGAGCCCCAAACCCAGUGUUCUCUGCUGAGUCCUAUCAGGAUUCCCCGUCAAGCAGCUAGAAUGUGCCUUGUGGGCUGUGUUUAGCACAGUAGGGAACCAGUUGUGCAGGCCCUGAAGCGGAGCCCAAACAUAGCUGUCAACCGUCCCUUAUUUGGCGGGAAACUCCCUUAUCCCAGCGCCGUGUCCCGCUGCUGUCCCUUAUUGAUGAUGUUCCUUAAAUUUCCCGGGGUUUCAUGCUCGCCUGGCUCGGGAGGGAAGCAGCGGCUCGAGGUCCGCCACAAGAGAGAGCGCGCGCUGGCGCCGUCAUCCUGGCGCGAGGAGUUCCAUCGGCCCUUCCCCGCCUGAGGAGGGGGGAGGGAGAGAGACUCUUGCCCACGCCGCCCGUGAGCCCAGAGGCAGCAGCGGUGGUGGCAGCUGAGGAGGUGGCCUGAGGGAGGAGGAAGAGGAGGGGAUGGGGAGGGAUGCAGAAGGGCGGCGCUUCAGCAGCCACGGCAGCGCUGCAACCGCCUUAUGCCGGAUUGACAGCAUCUGUCAAUCCUACCAAUGUAUGUAACUUUACAACAGCAAAAUCCCUUAUUUUGGCUGCUGAUCCCUUAUUUUAGAGGCUGCUGUUCCCUUAUUUUCAAAUCUGUAAGUUGACAGCUAUGAGCCCAAACAAAGCUACCCCAUCUUUUUGAGGGAUGCUGUAUUGAAAACAGGGGGCUAUAUCCAGUGAGGGUCUUCCAACCCCACCAGAGCUUGUUCUGAGGGGGCAGGAAAGGAAGAGGAAUUUCCGUUGUGCCCAAGGAAGUCUCUUGCCCCAGCAGAGCUGCAGUGAUGGACCCAGCCCUGGGAUCCGGUGCUUUCAUUUUCUUCUUUCCGUUUGAUUUUCAAAGUAUGUCAAGAGCAAAAUCCCAUCUGGGCAUCAGCUGUGAGGUCACCACUGGAACUUCUUAAUAAUAAACUCCUGGAGUGAAAUAAACACCUGACUAUUCUGGGUUAGCUAUAAUCACAUCACUCACAUGUGGCAGCCACGAGCCAGGGAAUAGGUCGUUCUAAUGAGUGCAGACUAAAAUAGUAUUUUGCUCUGGUACCUGAUAUAUUAUUUAUAAAAGUUAGCGUAGAAGGUUUUAUUCCUUGGUGUUUCAUCCAUCAUACUUUUAUGUUAUGUGCUGUAUUGAUGGCAGGGAGGAUAUUUCUGAAGACUGCUGUUUCAUGCUGCUGCUAUUUCCUUUCUGAAAAGACAGUGCAUCAGUUCUUAGACUGCAGGAUGCUACCAGAACAGAAGGAAUGUUCUUUGGUGUCUGUUGAGAAGCUAGUAUUUCAUUCACUGAUAUGGUUUAUCAAAGACUUGAAAUUAAAAGAUACAAAGCGUCAAAAAGUCCAGGACAAAACCAGCUUUUCUGCCAGAACGCAAUUCUGAGCAGCUGCCAUGCAUCUAAACCUUUCAUUCCACUUAGAUGGUUAGUGGCUGCUAUGAGUGCUCCCACACACUCGUAGGAAUGUGUUUUGUUUUGCCUUUGUUCAUUUUUCUGCUUGAGAGGCGUUUGAAUUUUUAACACAUCUCCCCUUUGCUGUGUUGAUUUUAAUGGAAUUUCAGCAUCUUGCAAGGCUAUCUUGAUUCUAGCUAGUAUUAGAACAGUAUGGGGACAAGGAAGCUGCUGUAAAAGCUUCUUUCAGGGCAAUCUGAAUAUAAACUCAGACAUAUAAAAUGCACACGAGAGCAUAAUUAGUGCAAAGACGAACCUUUGCUCAACCAUUAGUGCAAAGCAACACUGAUGGUUAACUGCCUGCGUCCGUGGUCAGAAACAUCUGGCCUUUAUUCAGGUAAACUGUUCAGUAUGAAGGAAAAUAUCAACCCUUUGUUUAAGUAGGAUUUCCCCUCUCAGAUCUUUUGACAUUUGAAUGCAACCAUGGACCUGUGUACCUAGUCCCUGAAUGGGGGCACGGUUAGUAAUCAGUUAAGAAUCUCAUUAAAAAAUUAGCCCAUAUCAUUGUGAAUAUUGGCUGCAAUGACAAGAACACUCCGGGUUAGUUUACAGAAAGGGCAAGGACAAGGGGCGAGAAGAAUUCAUCUACACAGCUGUGGAUUAAGUUUAUGCGGGUUUUACAGACACAGUGGCUUGGAUCCUAAUUUUUCAUUCUGUAAACAGAAGCUCCUUCUGUUCAUGGAAUAAGAGAAUUAGGAUCCUAACCAGUGGCUGUACAAUAAUAUACACACAAUACAGGAAUAUUCAUGUUUUUGUCACAGGAAGAUUAUUCAGAAUAGAAAUUCGUGCUGUCUUAGGUGUCUAAUGCAGUUCAUGUCUGCGUAUAAACUGAUACUGGGUAUAGCUUAUUUAUAUUCUUGUUGAUACACUUUAAAAAAUCUGUCUUUCUUUAAAUUGAAACCUAUCAAAGUAGCAUUUCUAAUUCUACAAUGUAAAGAUGUGUAUGCAUUGCUUCUGUGCUCUGGUCCUCAUAGGCAGCCAUUAGCUGCAUUAUUACAUUAAGCUUUCCUGCCUCAAAGAGUGUCUGCUAUAACAAAGGCUGCCCAGCUGAAGGCUCAUAUUCUUUCUUUUAUUUUUAUUGUCCCAACAUAUCCUUCCCCAGCGCUCCAGUAGCUCAGAAGAGUGUUAAUCAUUGUGGCAGAGAGUCUUGGCACUAGUAGUAGUUCUGGGAACAGUGCUGCAGUUUUUCCUAUGCAGCAGAAUCUCAGUGCUUCCCUCCCUUCCCUCACCAUUAUACAGUAACAUUAAAAGGUAAAGGUACCCCUGACCAUUAACAGUACAGUAACAUUAAUGGGCUUUAAAUAAAACAUUACCGUCCAUGAAAUUCAGAGUUCAAACCUGUAAGUUAUGGGGCAGUUAUUAAGGAGUGUUUUUGUUGGUGGCCCAAUUUGACUUGCAGCUGAAGUUCUGAUUGUACUGAUAAUAAUAAUAAUUUUAAUAAUAAUUUUUAUUUAUACCCCACCCUCCCCAGCCAAGGCCGGGCUCAGGGCAGCUAACAAGCAAUAAUAAAAUCAAGUUGAAUGAAUACAACUUUAAAACAAAAUUAAAAUAAAACAUUAAAAUAUUGAAACAUUAAAAUAUUAAAAUGUAACCUCAUCGUAGGAGGAGAAAGGAAAAGAAAAAAGAAAGAGCGGGAGGGAAUCAAAUUGGCUCCAAGCCAAAGGCCAGGCGGAACAACUCUGCGGAAAGAAAUCAGAUCCUGCAGGGCCCUGGUCUCAUGAGGCAGAGCGUUCCACCAGGCCGGAGCCAGAGUUGAAAAGGCCCUGGCUCUGGUUGAAGCUAAUCUAACUUCCUUAGGGCCCAGGACCUCUAGGGUGUUGCUUGGACCUUGAGGCUCUCCGUGGGGCAUACCGGGAGAGGCGGUCCCGUAGGUACGAGGGUCCUAGGCCGUGAAGGGCUUUAAAGGUCAAAGCCAGUACCUUAAAUCUGACCCUGUACUCCACCGGGAGCCAGUGCAGCUUGAAAAGCACUGGGUGAAUAUGCUCCCAUGGCAGAGACCCCAUGAGGAGCCUCGCUGCUGCAUUCUGCACCCGCUGGAGUUUCUGGGACAGCUUCAAGGGCAGCCCCGCGUAGAGCGAAUUACAGUAGUCAAGCCUGGAGGUGACUACUAUAAGAGUAGUUCCUGUUUUAUUAACUCUUGGGGCUCUUAAUCCCAUAGCUGCAAACCCCAGUUUUGUGUUAAGUGUAUUUACAACGUUUACGUGAGUUUUCUUCUCCCUUCCCCAGACCGACUCACGACGACAUACCUAUCGGCAGCUCCCAACCUCUUCCCAGGAAUGAGGCUCUUUUGCCGGUGGAAGUGCUGGAGAAGGAAAGUGCCAUUAGCAAGGGAGAAGAACCGAGCACCAACAAUGCAUUGACUGCAGAGUCAGGCUGCUUCACUUCCCAGAGGUCACACGAGGAACUGAAGGGGGCUCCUGGGCCAGUCACACUUCUCCAUACGCUAGAAGAAAGGGGAAAAGUGCACAGCCAAGGAACUUCGCAGCAAACUAUAGACAUCUCUAGCAGUACAAGAAAUCAUGUUGCAGCAGAUGGAACUCCGACUGAAAGUAGUAGCCAUAAAACCCCACUUGCAGCAGUGAACCCCUUACCCUGCCCAUCAUCCAUUAGCCACUCACCACCCCCUCCAACGCUUGCAAAAAAUGUGAGGCAUUCAGUAAUACCAGAUUUGGCUUCACAGAACAGGUGUGAGCAAACUAAGCAGAGCAUAUGCGAUCAAGAUGGAUUACUGAUUCCAAAUUUGAGCCCCGUUUUGCAGUCUCCCCCAAGAACUGUUUCACAUUCACAAGAUGGAUUACCGAUUCCAAUUUUGAGCCCCGUUUUGCAGUCUCCCCCAAGAACUGUUUCACAUUCACAAGAUGGAUUACCGAUUCCAAUUUUGAGCCCCGUUUUGCAGUCUCCCCCAAGAACUGUUUCACAUUCACAAGAUGGAUUACCGAUUCCAAAUUUGAGCCCCGUUUUGCAGUCUCCCCCAAGAACUGUUUCCCAUUCACAAGAGAGUCCUGUGUGUAAUCAAGGCAACUCUUUAAUCUCAGGUCAGGUUUUUUUAAAACAAGGUGGCGUACAGGCUCAGGAUGAAACUCAGAUCGCCGACUUCUGUCUCAGGGACACCAGCAACCCUGUGGGUACCGGUAACUCGCAGAGUUUUCAAGCAGUUCCCCAGUUUUCAGGGGGGAAAGAAAAGCAGCUGAGCGGAAGCGCGGAAACUUCUGUAGAUGAAAUCAUUGACGAAGUCGUUCUGAGACACUGCUGUGAAACUUCUCCCAAAGAGUCGCCUCUCAGAGACGAAGAGACGGACCCAUGCGUAAAUAUCCUGUCGCUUCUGGACCACAACAGUGUUCAUGGAUCCGAUGUAAGCUUUGAUUGUGAUGCAAAUGCUCAGUCAGGAGGACACCUGCCUAAGGCAGCUGUUAAAAAUCUAGAAUUGCUCAAAGAGGUUCAAGUAAAUUUACAAGAUGAGAAGUAUGGCUCCCAGCUCAGUUCCAUUCUUCAAAAUAACUCUGUGCAGCAGACAACAGAACCAGAAGCAGAACCAGAACCAGAUGUGUCCAUUCAUCAUCAAGAACCAGUUCUCCCAGCUUUGCCCCAUGUGCCUCCUUCCUUUGUAGGAAAGACGUGGUCCCAGAUCAUGUACGAAGAUGAUAUGAAAAUUGAAGCCCUUGUGCGGGAUUUCAGGGAAGGUCGCUUCCGCUGCCACUUUAAUUCCAAGUCCUUGGCUAAUGGUGCAACAACAAGGAAGAAGAAGGAAGAAGAAGAAGAAGAAAGGAAAAUCAGUGCAAUUGCAGCGGAGGAAUUGGAGGCUGUGUCGGAUAAAGGCCUUCCGGAAUUUGGCUCUGACUUCAGCAACUCUCCUGCUGCCUCAGAAACACAACACAUUCCAGAAACAGUAAAGAAGCCUCAAAAAAGGACUUGGCGCCUUGCCUCAAGAUGCCAAGUAGUCAAGGUUAGCCAUGGCACACAAACUAGCUUGCUGAACUAUCCCAUAGUGAAACACAAAACCAUUAGAAGGGACCAUGAGCAGCCAGAUCCGAAAGGUUACUUUGUAUGGUCAGAGAAUGAGAAGACACCCACCAUGAAAACUAGACUCUGUGCCCUCAAGCUUCCUGAGUCUUACACCAAAAUUCUGAACCCUUUACAGCCCCAAACCACAGUCUAUGUUCUUUCCUGUCCAGAGAUGAAAUUGUCUAGGAGCAACACUGAAGACAUUCCCAGAACGAGAAGAUGCUACAACUCCACAGAUAGUAAGGACUCCAUAAGGUACAAAUACAAACAGACUUCUAUUAAGUAUUAUGACCCACUGACGAACCGAGUUUUAAAAACUCCUCCCAGGAGUGUCGCUGGGGAAAAGGCAAAGAAGGCUUCACAUGUCCGGCAGCUAUUCAGGAGUCUCAGCCUUGAUGCAAACGGGAAGAAGCGAGCCGAUACGCAGUAUGAAUGCAUAGCACCAAAGUCCUUCAAUUCGCCAGAUUUCAAUGGUUCGUCAACACCUCUCACGCUGGAUCCAGUUAAGGAGAAAGAUAAGAAUUCAAGUCAUAAGACGGAUGACUCUUCUGUUUCCCCGGAGAAGUCUGAGUGUCUGGUAUGUAGCAGUUCAGAGAAAUCUUAUAAGCACCUAGUUCUUUCACCACUGAACUCCCACCGAUCCCAGCGGGACGGUGACUUUAGGUUAACUCCCUUCAAUAGGCAGAGGAGAAAGGACAGUAGUCGAGAGCCAGGGUUUUCCAAAAAAGCUGCAGGACUAGCCAUUGUAAGGCGUUGCCUCAUUCGGAGAGGAAUCCGGAAGCAGCCACCCAGGACUACAACUCAGGCAAGGGAGGGGAGGAUGAGAAAGAUGUAUUGUGCUGCAAAAUCCUCUGGCUUGUCCAUUUCCAGGCAUCAAACAAAGAAAGCUACUGUAGCAAAGCACCUUAAGAAAGAAAAGCUUGAUGCUAAAAAGUUGAAGGUGACAAGCAAACCCAAGGGGACACUUUUGAAUGACGCAGCCAUUGUGGGCGUGGACAUUUCUGAAGAGAGGCAGGGAACCACUCAAGGGCUUCAUCCAAAGUAAAAAAAAAAAAAAAAAGGAAGUUACUGGAGGCAAGAAUCUGCUUUGCACUGUGAAGUGUUUCCCAAACCACACCGACAUGGAUGUUGAUUUUCCCUACUAAGAGGCGCUCAAGAACAGGCCGAAGAGGUGGAAAGUGGGAGGGCUUUUCAGAAACCUUUUGCUGCGCCAGAGCUAGAAACUGAACAAGUUCAAGGUCCGACAACAAGCCAACAUACCUACAAACUGUUCACGUUGCUGCUCUGUGGGCGCUCUGCACAUUGCACUGUUCUAUUAUGUAAAAGUUACAAAAAAUAAUAAUGUGUAUUUGUUUGUUUGAAAGCACUAAAAGGUCCUGUUUAAUAGGCUCCCUUGCAUCUUUGCCACAGCAGAGAAAUAUUGAACUCGAGUUGUACAUUAUUCUACCUGAAGGGAAUGUAGUGCACUAAAUUUCGGAAGUGAAUACAUUUGCCUUGUACAUAAGAUUCAGCCUUUCAUACCUAGCUGACAAGAAACCCACCAAAACUUUACUCCACAAUGGCUUGCGUCCCUUGAGCAGAAGAUAUCCCUUGCAUGUGUGCGCGAGGAUCACCAGUCCUCCCCCCUUCCUUGUCUACAGCUCUACACAGGCACCCUGCUGCUCUGGAGGAUCCCUAACAUCUGGAGUCAGUUUGGGGGGAAACCGCAGUUGGGAAAUUGGACGCCCUCACGACGUUAGCAGAAGUGCCUUCAGCUUGUAAUGUGUGGUCUUUGGAUCCAAGCUAUGAUCAAAAAAUUAAAUGGAAUUGUAUUUCAGUGUAAUCUGUGACAAGCCAUAUAACACAGGGGAAAAAAUCACAGUAGGACCUGCAUACUCCAAAGUAAAUUCCCGUUGUUUUCAGUGGGGCUUAUUGUCAGGUAAGUAUGCAUAUAGGAUUUUGCUGUCCUGGACUAAGCGCACUUUCCUCGGGGUAAUUCCCACCGAACACAACGGGACUUGCUUCUGAGUAAGCAUGCACGGGAUUACACUGUAAAUUAUGGGAAGAAGUAUAAGACUAAGUAGAAGGUUUGCGAAAUUACUCUCUAACCCCCCCCCCAAAUUGUGUUGGUUUUAUCUCUGCUGAUGUGCACUCGUUCGUGCUGUUCCCCUCCCUCCCCACCUCUACCCCUUUGAAAGCAGAUUAAUGUACGGCUUCCCAGGGCCACACAGAACCGUUCAUCCAGAAUGCUGCACGCCAGCAAUAUUUCUGUCCCCUCAUUGAAAUUAAAACUACACAGGGAUUUUAGAAUGGAAUAGAUCUCUUAUGCCUGGUUUCUCUGUCACCCCACAGCAUAGUUGUGAAAAUAUCGGGAAUGAAUUAAAAUAAAGCUGCCGCAGACAAAAGUUCUGAAAGAUGCUACUUCGCAUUUUAAGUCCAAACAGAUCUACAGAUAAUCGGUUGAGGAAGAAACGUAGGUUUGCCUAAGAAAAUAAUGGACAGGGAUUUUUGUUUGGCUUUUAUUUCAUUUAAAAGCUUUUUUUUUUAAGUGCAUAUCCCUGGAGAUAGAGAGUUAAAUCCAGUAGUGUCCUUCCACCUGUGGGACAGACAGAAUUGAUGAAACAGAUUCCCCCCCAGAUCUGCUUAGGUGUGCUGCAGAAAUUUGUCCCAGAAGGUUGGUGGAUAUUCCAGAGCAGGGGUGUGUUUGUGUGUAUGUUGCUUGGGAGGAGGAGAGGAAGUCAAAGCCUCACAUGGCAUUGAAUGCUGCUCUUAGGCUAUUGUGGUUAUGCAAAACAUUUUUUUAGAUUAGCUUCCCUUCUCUACAUAUGACCCACCUGGAUUUGUUUUAGUCGAUAAGUCUGUUUUCUGGGAAGAGACUUUCCAAGCGGGAAUUGGACAUGAGACUGAAUGUUGACGCUGUCUUUGACACCCCUGGCUGUUAGGACAUUGUUUCCAUGUGAAGUACAGCACCCUGUUCAGUAUUAGUGCCUCAGUCAUUUGAUAAUUCUGACUAACAGAAAAGUAAUUUUUAAAACAGAAGUUCUUUCACUGAUAAUUUUUAUAACAAAGUUACUUUAUAAAUAAAAAAAGCUUAUAAUGCAAAGGUUUCUUUUUCAAAGUCAAGUUUAUGUGUUAAACCAAAUUUUACGGUUAUCACUUACAAAUUUCAAGUUAGCCUAGUUUUAUUGAUAAGAGUGUCCUUUCUACCUAAUGUGCCAAUUUGGGUUUUUUUAAAAAACAAAAUGAUGUAUGAAUACAGGUAUACAUAGUUCUGUUUGUUCAUAACAUUUAAUUAACUUUUUGUUUUUAGUGCAUUGGCUUGAUUUUGACUAUCACUAAAGAGUUCCACAUAUUCGUAAGUUGUGCUCUUCUACGACACUCAUUUUUCCUCACAACCUCAAGCAAGAUGCACUGGGCAGAGUUUAUCUAACUUCUAAAACUUUUGAAUAUUUGCAUGACUUUCCUUUGUAAAUAGGGUCUUCAACCAGAGCAAUUUUUUAAAAAAAGAAAAUGGCUAUAUUUAAGGAAAUUUUUCCAGUAACGAUAUAUUUUUUCUUUAAAAACAGAAUGAAGAUUAACAUCUUAUUUUUUGUAAGGUAAAGGGCUUAGAGUGUAAGUCUUGGGAAAGCUGUUCAAUGUUUAAAAACAUCUACGGUUCUUACAUGUGUAUAUGCCUCCCCCAUGUCUGUUAAAAUAUCUCUAUGUAUGCUUGAUGUACAUGAAAGUUGGGGUGACCAUGACAUUUUGGUUAUGGAUUCAUUUUAUCCAUUAAGUGGAUUUUAUGUGUAUGUGUUUAACUUAUUAUUCUCCAGCCUAGGCACAUGGAGUAGAGCAAACUCAACAAUUUGAAUAGAUCGGUCAGAAUCCAAAGACAUGCUGGCUAAGCAUUUUCUCUUGGAUAUACCUAUUUUCAGUUCUAAAGGUGAGCCUAGUUUUCAGUUCAAGUUCUGAUGAGGACUGCCAGGUUUCAGGUUUCGAGAUGUGAAAGUUUUACGCACUUCCUGAGGUUUGCCAGGAGAAAAAUCUCAGGUUGAAAGCUCUGGAUAAAAAACGCAAGCUGUUUUCUUCUUGGCUUAUGACAUCGCUCUCCCCAUCCCACACCUGUCACAGGUCCACAUGGCUCGUCCACCAGACACUUCCCUUCCCUUCCCAGGUGCCGUUCCCUUUCCCAACCCAAUGCCAGUUCUGCCAGGCCCUUCAUCUCUGGACCUGAGUCACAGAAGAUCAGGCAAUGUAUCAUGAGACUGCAGGUCUUUCCGCUGGCAGCAGCUUUUGUAGGCCUUGGAGUGAGUGCUGUGAGAUGAAAAUGGAGGACAGCUGGCUCAGGAGUCCUAGUGGGCAUGCAAAAGCUUCCCUUUGUAUAUUGGCCAUAAAAAUUAAAUGAGCAACGUUUUUGAAACGGGGAGGGAAGCUGCUAAGGAAACGUGUGUGUGAUAAAUAUUUUAUCACCGCUUCCUGAGAAAUUGUGUUAAAUGUCAGAAUCAAGGUUUUAAGAGGAAUCCCUAGGAAGUUGGGGCAGAAUUAUUAUGCGUGAAAAACUUACUUCCCCAAAGCACUGCCACUAGAUCCAAGACCCACCCUGGCCGUAAUGGCUUUUCAGAUUUCACUGUCUUUACAGUAAACGUUCCCCUAUGCUAUGUGUCAUUUAGUUGGGAAAAGGCUAUGGUAGCAAAAUCUUGUCUGGUGAUAUCUUUGUACUCAAGUCUGCAGAGAGAACCUUAUAUGUUUCAGGUCACUUGCCACCGAGACAAAUGUGGGAGCAAAAUAAAACCUGCAGGGAUAAUAGAAAGACUGGUACCCUUCCAAAAUAAGUGCAGUAGACGGCGGAUCCAGAGAGGUGAAACUCCAUAUUUGUGGCAGUAAUGUCAUGAUUCUCAUGCUAUGCUAUCAGAGUUGCAGCAAGAGAGCUUUCAGGCAGAUUUAAUAUGCAAUUACUGCAGAUCUCUGGAUAGAACUAGCUCCCCACCCCAGCACCCACAAUCAUGUUGAAAAACAAAUGUUCUUUAUGAGAGUUGAGAAAUCCCUGCUUGCUCCAACAUUUAAAAUAAAGGUUCCCUCUUCCUCUCCAGCGAUGUUUUAAUGUACUUCUAACCUUCCUUGUUUUAUUACCCCCCUUUCAUUUCUUUUGUCCAAAUUUGCCUCUUGUGUUCACUAUUAAAAGUGUUAAGACUUUUUUUGUGUGUGUGUGGGUAGGUUAAACCUUUAUUCUGAAUUUUGGUGCAAAAGAUUUCUUGAACAAAGUACAUUAGCAGUAUUGCCAGUUGUAGCUAAAUUUCACUGUACUGAGCACAGGAGUUGGAGCUCAAUUCUUUCCUGCUUGGGAUUUCUGUUUAUUGCAAGAGAACCCACAUAUGUGCACAUAUAUGUAGAUGUUUAGCAUUUCCAACUCAGGUACUUUGGUACCAAACUUUUAAAUGAAGAUAGCUAAAUAUAUUUUGGGUUGAGGGUCCCAGGCUGUGAAACUUGUUUAGUUUCCCAUAUUUCAACAUGUGCUCAAUGAGGUACUUCCUAAAGAUUAUUGGGGUUGCCAAAUUCAGUCUUUGACUGCAAUCACUUAUAACAAUGAGACAGAGAAGAAGGAUAAAACCUUACUUUCAGGAUCUUCAAUUUCACACUUAAUUAAAAGCAACUUUAUGGGAUCAUUAGGAGUCCUUUUUUUCCCACUGCUCCAAUAAACAGGACCGUCUAAACAACUAAUUGUUCCAGACUGUAAUAUGAUUGCUAACUUUUGAACGCUAAUUGAUAAAAAUAGGCUGGAUAUUUAAAAGUACCUAAUUCGUAGGGUAAGCUGAACUUCACAUUUUAUAUGAAAAGUUUGCUUCAAGUCAUACAUUUGUCUCACUGAUAAGCAAGCAUAUGCAGAAUCAAAGGUUAUUAUUUCUCCUUUACUUGUAAUAGUUUACCGUUCUUGUUCAUUUCUUUCACAAAAUCUGGAAGAAAAAUCAUUUUUCUUUGAAUAAAAUAAAGAUCAAAGUUGGUAUUGUG